UGGUUCUAAUCGAAUGCACACCGCUCAGCUCCGUCGAUUCCUACCCGGUCAAGCUACCCUCCAAACUGGAGGAAACCGGCAACAAAUCCACAUAUCUCAAACGGGCUAAUGAACUUGGAUCAUCGUCGUCGUCGUCAUCGUCAUCGGGUGGAACUUCCUCAAGUUCCACUUCGGCCAACGCCGCCGGGAGUAAACCUGCCGGAGGCUCCUCAACGUUCAUAUCGUCACUUCCGCCGAUGGCCGCCGCCUCAAGUGGGUUGCAGUCCAGCUCCUCGAACGGACAACCGGCUCCGACGAUGAACAGCAUCGCCGUCCUGCCGGAACCGAUGCCACAGGAUGUGGAUGACACAUUCGCCAGUGGAAGCCUGGCUGGGACGGACUUUGGGCCGGAUGUGACUCGGUUUGCUAGGACGGAGGAGGAAGGGUCGGCUUCGUCAACGACUACGAUUACGGCACCGGCCGUUGGAUCUGGACGACUUAAGAAGAAUGGGACGAUCUUCUCACGCAAUGACCAGAACAUCACCACGUUGAAGCUGAAGAACUACAACCGAGGAGUGGAGAAGGAGGAGUUAAAGACAUCUCUCCGAAUGCCUGAUCGUGGAUCUCGCUUGGUGGAUACGUUGAUGUUGACGGCUGUUGAGAACUCUACGGAGCCUAUGGAACUGACUCCGGAUCAUCCAACGGCAGUCGAGCCAGAAGAGGGAAGCGGUAACGAUACGGACACGAAUAUCCCAGAGGACGUUCCUCUGGAGAAUGGGACAUCCCCAGAGCAAUCCAACGCUGAUUCUCUGCAGUCGCCUGCGUCCAGUGACAUCAGAAACAGCAGCAGCAGCAUUAGCUUUAGUUCUAGUAGUAGUGAAGAUAGUAAUAGUAGUAGCAGUAGUGAGCGGGACAUUCCCGAUAGCCAUAGCGACAGUUCCGGAACGGAUUCGGUCAUCGCGAGUGAUCGACGGAUAGGUAAGAUCCUGUCGUCCGACUUCCGGGACUUUGUCAGCAAUGGCAACCCGAAUCCAAAUGCGAGCAGUUACAUAUCGCGGGCGAUAGCUUUCUCCACGCAGGACCUUCAGGAGGGAAUUGACGACCAGGACCAUCCGCUGGAGGAGGACGACUACCGGCGCAGUUCCCGAAGUCAGCAACGCUUGAACGUGGGAGCAAUCUCCGGGAUUUGCCUGGCAUCGCUGGGACUUCUUACGGGGCUCUCAGCCGCGUUGAUCAUCCUCUACAGGAGGUAUCUCUAUCUGAACAAACCCCAAGCGUUGAGCGAACCGGAUUCCAGCGGGUACAUCGACGACAGCACGAUCCGGGACAACUCGGACGAGAUGUACAGCUUGGACAAUGACUCGUUCCUGAACUCGCUGGAGGCGAUGACCAUCCAGAACUACUGGACCGACAACGUCAAGCACACGAAGCUGUGAGGUGGGCGAUCUACUUCUUACGCAUUGUUUCAGUAGAUUAGAGAUUCUUAUUUCUAUUGCAAUCAUUCCGUCACAUGCCGUCCCUUAGUAUGAAUGAUAGUCUACUUGUACUGUUCUAUCGGUUUAAACUAGACAUUCCCAAUUAUGAAAGACAUAUCGUUACUCAGUUUUAGAGUAGUGCUAUGUGUAAGUAUUUUUUGACAAAUAAGUUCCUUAGUUGCAGCAUUCCAAAUAUGUUUUUUACUAUAUUCUUAUGAUCUAUUUUACUAAAAACUAAAAACCUAUAAUUGGCUGCUAAUUUUGAAAAACGGAAAAGAAAUGUGAUUUAGUGAAAGCAGCCACCCGCACGCACGGGCUGGUGCAAGAGAACGCGUAUUAUAUUUAUUGCAAGUUUAAAUUUAGUCGAGUGGAAAUUGUUGAUGACCUGUGUAAACAUUAUUAUGAGAAAACUAUACGUAUUGAGUCUUCAACCUGAGAGAAAAAGUGGUUCGAAUUCCACACAAUUACGAUACUGUUGGAAAUUCAGAAAACUUAAAUCAAAGUACUUAAUGGUAAGACAGAUGAAAAUAUGCUGAUAAAGGAGAAAAAAGGAAAGUGUGUUCACAAAAGACAUGAAAAUUGUGAACUUUCUGGCCACAAGAUAAGAUACAUGGAACCGACCGUGGUACAACAUUUCCAAUUCCAAUAUUUUGUGAAUAUAAAUUUGGUAAGUUAAAAGAUUAA